AGUUACCGGAGAUCUUAGCACGCCCUGGCCCGUUGGGCCGGCGAAUUAUGGUUUUGACAAGUUCUUUGAUUCUCCAGGAGCGCUGACCCCUGACGUUCUUUUCAUCAUCGACGUGGUCUUUUGCGUGCUGUUCACAAUCGAGUUACUUUUGAGGCUUGUGUUCCUGCGUGUAGAUUUUCUAUGUGACCCUUGGGGAUGGCUUGAUAUAGUAUUUGUGCUGACCACUGAUAUUACCACCUUCUUUUUCCAGGGGGGCAAAGGGGGGGAUGGGCUUCCGAUCUCGACCAUUCGUAUCCUGCGUUUGGCACGGCUGCUGCGGAUCAUGCAGCUGGUGCGAUCCAUCAAGCUGUUCGAUUCUCUCUACCUAAUGACAACAGCGCUACGAGGGAGCAUGUCUGCACUGAUGUGGGUAAUCGCCUUCCUUUUCCUCAUUCAGACGCUGUCUGCCCUUUUGCGCACGAACAUCGUCCAGGAUUUCUACCUGGGGCAAUCUUCUAAUGGAGACGAGUUCUUUGAGUCUUCGCUUGGAAGGAGGCAGUCUUCAAGUACUUUGGUACCUACUGGAGAGCUAUGGUGUCUCUUUUCGAGUUGAUGCUGGCCAAUUGGCCUCCGAUCUGUCGCCUAAUGAUGGAAACGAUGGAUGAGGUUUGGUCGGUCUUUGUCAUUCUCUACAAACUGUUAAUGGGCGUCGCUGUGAUUGGCGUGAACAUGGGUGUCUUCACACAAGACACUUUCCGGGCUGCUGAUAGCGAUGACCAAUUCAUGAUCAGGAGUAAGGAUAAGCAAGAUAAAACACAUCUCGCCAAGAUGAAGGCCCUUUUCGAGAAGAUGACUAAGAACAGCGAGUGCGCGACCGUGGAUUCAGCACUGUUCGAGAAAACUCUAAAGAGUCCAGAAAUGCGAUUGUGGCUGAAGGCGAUGGACUACGACAUUAGUGAUGCAAGCUUGCUUUUCUAUUUGAUCGAUUCGAACGACGAUGGCAAGCUCACAAUAGAAGAAUUCAGCCAGGGGAUGGCAGCAUUAAAGGGUGGUGCCCGUAACGUCGAUGUCAAGUUGUUGCUUCGACAAAGCCGGGUUGGCAGAAUGCUUCAGUCAUCACGCAACAUUGGGGACGCCAAAAUGUCUCGCAUGUCCACCGUCGAGGCCCUUCGACGAUUCGAGAUGCCGUAGGAAGCUUCGCCGAAGGAUAGUUAUGCAGCUUUGUGAGAGUGCGUGGCCACACCGUAGCAACCUCACUGAAGCUCGCCGAUUGCGGGUCGGCCAGCGAGUAGUUACCCAAACCAUUUUCCUGAAUUUUGCUGCAAGGGUACAAUGUCCCGCUGUCUGCGACAAGUCCUGCCAUCGUGCUAGCCCAGUAAACUUUGAGGCACCGGUUCGAGAGGUGGAAGGAGGCUGUAACAUGUGGAUCAAGUAGCGCUAAAGGUAG